AUGUCCAAGAGAGAGGCGUUUCUAGCGGCCGCCUGUGAGGAACAUGUGCAGGACUUCAAAAAAGACAAAACAGAGCCUUUCGAUGUGGAGGAGGUGGUGCAGGAGAUGCCCAGGGACCAGAGAUUUACUCUCUGGGGAAAUCUGGAUUCCCUACUUCGGGAUGUCCUGCAGGAGUUACCUCCCGAGCGCUGGGAGGAGAACAGGGACGAGGGCAUGGAAGUAGAGUCGGCUGCAGACCCUCGUCACACUCGUGGCUCAUGUGUCCAUAAAAGUCCUACAAGACGGGACACCUACAGUGCCCUUCUGGAAAUUGCCCACAGGCUUCACAAGGUUCUGGUGUCGCUGCCUGUCUCAGAGAGCGUGGCUCCUCUGCAGCUCCACAUCCACACGCUGUGCGAGGCCUGGUGGAAGAAAGGGCUGAAGGAGAAAGAAGAGUUUGGCCGCACUGCUUUCCUCAUCUCUCUGCAGAAGAGCUUCAUUUUGAAGAAACAAGUUGUUGAGAUCCAAAGAGUCUGGAGUCUCCAUGAUGUGCUUUUGAGUUUGGACUACACAUCAGAGGAAAACAAGCAGAUAAUCGACUUGUUGCUGCAGUGCUUUCAUCGUCCCAAUUACAUAAGAAACGAUGACGGGAAGCGAUUCCUGGUGUUUCUUUUCAGCUGGAACGUCGACUUCAUCCCGGCCAUUCACGGCACCAUUAAGAACCAGCUGGAGUUCUACAGCAAGACCAUGACUGCUCAGAUUACAGAGAUCUACUUCAGAGCAUGGAAGAAGGCGAGCGGGGACUUCCUGGAGAAGAUUGAGAGCUCAUGCAUUCAGGAUUUUAUGCAGAAGGCGAUCUUCCUUCAUAGAGCAUCUCCUGUCCACGCCAAAGUUCGCCAGAUCGUGAGCUAUUUCCACUCAAGGAAAGGUUGUAACAAGGUGGACAAGAUGCUCUGUAAUCUCUACAAGCCCAUUCUCUGGAAAGCUUUAAGUGUUCCAAACUUUGAGGUGCGCGCAAACGCCACUCUGCUUUUCACUGAGGCCUUCCCAGUCCACGACCCGGAGCAGAACAACAAGAAUAUAGAUGAGGUCAUUCAAAAGCAGCUGGACACAGCGAUGGGCCUCCUUGAUGACCCUCAUCCUACCGUACGCUCCAAUGCCACCCUGGGAGUCUGUAAGAUCCUGGCUAAGUGCUGGGAGCUCCUCCCUCCCACCAUCAUCACAGACUUCCUGAAGAAGCUGGUGACGGAGCUGUCGGCUGACACCAGCUCCCCUGAUGUCCGGUGUUCAGUCUUUAAGUGUCUGACUAUUGUCUUGGACAACAGUCUGAGUCAUCCACUCUUGGAAAAACUCCUGCCCACUCUCAAAUACAGCCUUCAUGACAACUCAGAGAAAGUCCGCACAGCGUUCCUGGACAUGCUCAUCAAGGUCAAAGCAGUGCGGGCUGCCAAGUUUUGGGACGUGUGCAACAUGGACCACCUGCUGGCCCGUCUGGCCAUCGAUUCCCAUUCGGUUUCCAAGCGCAUCGUCGAUCUGCUCUUCAAGUCCUUCUUCCCCGUCAACGAUUCGGAGAGGGAGUGGUGCUGUCGCUGCAUCACCCUCAUCCAGAUGAACCCCAUGGCUGCCAGGAAGUUCUACCAGCAUGCCCACAAACACACAGCCCCCACUAACAUAAUAAAGCUGAUGUUGGCCAUUCGCCGUGUUGUGAACAGCUGUAUCCAGACCGACUGUGACCUGUCUGAUAUUAAUGACAGCAACAAGGAGAACAGCGCACUGGCUGAACCUCUGUUGGGGAAAGACAUGGUCGUCGUGUCGGGUCUGCUGGAGGUCGUGGUCAUCCUGUGGAGAAGUGUGGAGAAGGCGCUGAAACAAAACGAAGAGGCCCAGAAGUACACAUUUGCCAAGUUUGGAAGUGUCAUGGGAACGUAUUUCCAGGCCUUUGAGGAUGAGCGUUGUACCGUUCCUCUCAUCCAACUGGCCUCAUUAAUGCCCCCAGCUGCUGUUCCGACAUUCAGCUGUGGCGUCCUGUCCAGACUGAGGAGGAUGGACUCGGGAGCAGUGCCAACGCAGUACGUCCAGCUGUUAGACUGCAUGUGCAGGUGGGGCCAGGCUGCUGACAUCCUGGAACUCGUCACUGACUGGCUCACCGAGGCUCUGCCCAAGCAAGGGGACAACAGCAAACGAAAGGUGCGUAUCCAGGAGACGGUGGAGGCCAAACCGGACCUGGCACUGGCCUACCUGGAGUACCUGUUCAGACACACGUUAACACGGGAGAAAGUCCUGGCUCUUGGUCCGCAACCUCUCAAGCAGCUCCAUACAGUUCUAGGAAACUGGAGGCAGUCGGUGCUGUACACCCACCUCAGCUCCACCACUGAAGAUCCUAAAAGUCCCAGCGUGGAGACGGCACUGAAAGUCUUCAUGCAUCACGGACGUCUCGGUGCACAUCUGCAACAUAGUUCCUCAGAGGGUCGAGACUACCUGCUCUCUCUGGAGCAUGUGGCAGCGUGGGUCGCUGAGAGAGUGCUGCCCUUCCUGGCUAAACGUACCAAAGAUGAUGAUGAAGAGGAUUCAGAGACGUUUCAGCCACUUGCUGCACAGAUAACUGAGAGUUUCCUGACAGUGUGCCGAGACGUUUUACUUGUGGGUUUGGCCGACGACACGUUCAAAGGUCAAAUCCUCCACUUGUGCUCGCUCACCCUCCUCUCAGAGGCAGGCUACCUGUGCAUUCCUGCAGUGCUGCUGAUUUUGAAGGAGGUGGUGGACAGCUAUGUACCUGAGGAAAACAACAACAACAACAACCAGGCUCAUGAAAAUGAGGAAGAUGAAAGCACUGUUGCUCUGAGUGUGGUGGCCAACAUCUUCCAGAAGAUUAUCGAGCUCUUGGCUCGCCGCCUUAGGAAGGAACCAGAAGAGGGAAGACAGCUCUGUCAGUCAGCCGUCCCCGGCCUGGCAGACUUCCUCCAGGCGGCACAGACCCAGGACAAAGCACCUCUCUGCGGUGUCUUCUCUACUCUCUUUGCCGUCAUCGUCGUGGAGAAGAGACAUUUGCUUCAGAAGAUUACCCAUCCUGAAGAGGUGAUCACCCCAGAGUCAGUGGAGGACAUGCCUCCUCUGUCCAGCAUCCUACUGUCUGUCAUCCUCAAAUCAGCCUCUCUUACCAGGGCCUUUUUGACAGAAGUCAGCUCAUCUUUCGACUCCGAGGCCAUCAGCAAUCUGAAUGAACUGGCUGCCGUGCUGCACGUCUUGGCGGUCAUCAGACACACGGGGCAGUCUAAAGCAGGUUUGAAGAGCGCAGCCACAUCUGUCCAGCUGCAGAUUCACAGACACGCAGUCACAUCUGAAGACACCAAAGACAUCCAGAGGGUUAUUUAUGAAUCUUCUGUGAAGACCUUGAAUGAAAUUCUGGAUUUAUGAGUUGACCUAUUUGAUGUGUAAUAUCUGCUUCACAUUUGUAUUUUAUGAAGCUGAGCAGAGCCAUAAAAUGUCUGCUUUGCUGUUGGCAUUACAGACUUUCAGCUGCUGGCAGACAAAAAAUGACACAAUUAAAUAUUUCAACUCCACUGACCGGGCUUUUUAAAAAACAAUAUGGUUUGGAUUGAAAUCUAAAUCUCGGGACAAUGACUGUCUGUUAGCAUGUUUUUCCAGAUUGGCUCCACUUCUCUUUGUUUAUUUAUUUCUUGAUGGCACACAUUGCUCAAGUCUUUCAAGUCUCUCAGGCUUUGUGUGUUGAUAAUGUUGAGAAAUAUUGAUGGAGAACUCCACACUGCAGGAACACAGUUUAUCAGAUUGAGUGGUAUUCUUCUUAAAAGCUUUUCGCUCCAUAACCUUUUUUUUUAACACAUUCAAAUAUAAUACAUAUAUUUUUUCAUGUCUCACUAUCAUGUUUAUGUAUCUGUUGUUCUUCCAGCUGUAGCUCGCUUUUAUUAAGAAUAAAACAA